UGCAUUGUGGGAAACAUAGUUCGCCUGUUGGUUGGGAAAGAUGGCAAGCGUGCAGCCGCCUCCCCUCCGCAGCCUGGAUGAUUUUCUGCUGAGCUCGGCUCGCUUUGCGGUGCCAGAUGUGCGGGAGCUGGAGCGGUGGAACAACCGCGUGAUUAACAACCUGCUGUACUAUCAGAGCAAUUACUUCCUGUGCGCGCUGGGCUUCCUGCUGGUUGUGGGGUAUUUCCAGCCCCUCCAGCUGUUUGUCGGGAUGACGGUCGUCACCGUGCUCUUCCUGGGCUUCGUCUGGGCAGCAGAGAACAAAGCUCCCAUCCGCCGUUUCCGUAGAAACCACCCGUUAGUCACCGUGCUCGCCAUUCUCUUGGCCAGUUACGUCUUCGUGUCACUGCUGGGAGGAGUGGCCGUGUUCCUGUUUGGGAUAGCCUUCCCAGUGCUGAUGGUCCUCGUCCACGCAUCCAUGAGGCUCCGUAACCUGAAGAACAAGCUGGAGAACAAACUGGAGAGCAUCGGUCUGAAGAGGACACCCAUGGGGCUCCUGCUGGAGGCGCUGGGACAGGAACAGGAGGCGGGGUCCUAACAAGGAGAAGGAGGAGAACAGAAUGUUUGAUUCACGGAUCACAAACCAGAAGGAACAUUCCCAAACUUGAACGGAUGAAAUUAUUGUACGUUUAUUUUAUUUAAAUGUGUUUUAGGACAGAAGGAGGGGGGCCGUUUAUAGGAUCUUCUGCCAGUUGGAUAAUAAUGAAGUAGAGCUCAUCUAGUCCAAUGAGUUUCCAACCUGU